GGGUGGGGACGGAUUGGAUUGGAUCCUUGGUUUGGUUGUGUCUCCAAUGAAUGAAUCAAUGAUGGACGAAAUGAAAAGUCCUGAUUUUAUUUUAUUUUUCUUGGCUGGGUGGGUCCUUCUUCUCUCUUUCCCUUCCCUGUUCGCAACCUUCCUCUAGAAGUUAAACUCUCUACUAUACCAUACUCCCGGCUGGGCUGUAUAAAAAUCGCCAUCAGUGAAGAGCAGAGAGAGUGUCAGUCAUCUCCUUUCCUCUCCUCUUUCUCUCUGGGUUUACUUUGUGCACCAGCGGAGGAUGGGAGAGGAAUCGCCGGCGCGGGUUGUGAACGAGAGAGUUUACGUGGCGGUCGGGAAAGACGUCGAGGAGAGCAAGUCCACUCUCCGUUGGGCCCUCGACAACUUCGGUGGACAUUUUCGGAUUCUUCAUGUUCAUCAGCCGGAUCGCAUCGAUUACACCAUGGGUCCACUCAGUGACAACGAAGUCAGGGCUCGCCGUGAGCUCGAGAGAGAAAACAUGCACAAAGUCCUGGAUGCUUACAUCCACAUCUGUAAUCAAGCUGAGGUUUAUGCGGAGAAGAGAUUUGUUGAGAUGAGUGAUAUUGGGAAAGGAAUUGUGGAACUCAUCGAGCUGCAUGCAGUCACAAAGCUGGUCAUGGGAGCGGCAGCAGAUGUUCACUAUUCAGAGGGGAUGACAGAGCUCAAAUCCACCAAAGCGAUGUUUGUAAAUCUCCAUGCACACCCUUCUUGUCAAAUUUGGUUCACUUGCAGGGGCCGCGUGAUUCAUAGGAGGGAAGGAGAUUUAAAUACUGUUGACAUGGAUUUCAUGCCUUCAUCGGUACCACUUUACUCUGAAGAGUCCAACUCGAGGAGUUCUCCAAGCUCGACUGCUUCGAGCGAAGUGGAUGAUGACUUGGUUAUGGUUACUUACGAGAGAGGAGAGUCAAGCGGAUCCAUAUUCGUGCCUGCUUCAGCACCUCUAUCUGAGGAUGCUCAUCAUUUUCCUCCAUUCAAUCCACCGGAAGCAAUUAGGAACGAUGAGAUCUAUGAUCAAUUUGAAAGAUCAAUGGUGGAGGCUGAGAAUGCAAGAAGAGAGGCAUUUGGGGGAUUGAUGAGGCGCCUUCAGAAGUCUGAAAAGAAUGCCAUCGAAGCUAUUCGCAGGGCAAGAGCAUUUGAAAAUAUGUACAAGGAGGAGUCGAGACGCAGAAAGGAACUCGAAGAUAUCCUCACUAAAGAGAAACAAGCAUACGAAGCAAUGACAAAAGAAUUAAAUGAUAAGAUCGUUGCUUCAGAGAGAAUGCUUGAAAGUUGCAAGCAAGAAAGGGAUGAUUUACAGGUAGAGCGGGACAAUGCGGUUGGAAUCACAGAGGAUCUCCUUAGGGAUCGAGCCUCAGAGGCUUCUAGUUCACAGCAGGAAGGUUUCUUGUCAGAGUUCUCUUUCCUAGAAAUUCAGAGGGCUACCGAUAAUUUUGAGCCCUCCAAGAAGAUUGGAGAAGAUGGUUAUUGCAACAUCUACAGAGGUUUUCUUCAUCACACGCAAGUGGCAGUGAAAAUGCUGCAGUCUGAUAGCCCUCGAGCCCCAUCACAGUUCCAACAGGAGCUCGACAUCAUGAGUAAGCUGAGGCACCCGAACCUUAUGACCCUAAUCGGCAUCUGUCCUGAAGCUUGUGCUCUAGUAUACGAGUAUCUUCCUAAUGGUUCACUUGAGGAUCAACUUCUCUAUCAAGUUGACACGCCACUCCUCUCAUAUCAAACCCGUAUUCGUAUUGCCUCAGAAAUUUGCUCUGCUCUAAUUUUUCUACACACCAAUAAGCCUAGUUUGUAUAUCCAUGGUGACUUGAGGCCUGGGAAUAUUCUGCUUGACGCUAACUUUGCAGCGAAACUCUGCGGUUUCGGGAGGGGACCAGGCCUUCGAAUUAAUCUAGAACCAGGCGAUUGCCCUCACGUGGACCCUCACUUCCUCACCACAGGAGAGCUGUCGGCCAAGUCCGAUGUUUACUCAUUUGGGGUUGUGCUUCUACAGCUGUUGACUGGGAGGGUCGCGUUUAAUUUAGAUAGAGAGAUGCGAGAUGCAGUGAAUGGAGGGAACACGAGCUAUAUGACUGCUCUCUUGGACCCAUUAGCAGGAGAAUGGCCGGUUAGAUUAGCGACUGAUUUGGCUCACUUGGCGCUAAGGUGUUGUGACAUGGAUCCAAAUAAUAGACCCGAUCUAGGGUCGGAGGUGUGGAGCGUGCUUGAAAUGCAGAGAGCUUCUCAUGUUGAAGUCCCAUCAUUUCACCAAUCCAAUCCCGAAGAAGAUGAUCGAGUACCGGACAAUUAUCUCUGCCCAAUCUCACACGAAAUCAUGGAAGAACCAACUGUGGCAGCAGACGGCUAUACCUAUGAGGCACAGGAAGUGAGAGAAUGGUUAGACAGGGGCCACAAUACUUCACCAUUGACGAACCUUCCACUCGAUCACUUAAAUCUCACCCCGAACCGCGUCGUCCGGUCGAUGAUCCAAGAGUGGCUGGACAACCAUCCUCAUUUUUCCGUCUCGUGAAGGUCUCAUGUCACGACAGCUAAGGCCUAAGGGCCAACUUUAUUACUCUUGCUUCGGCACGUAAGGGUACAGUCCUAGCCUCGAUUCCGGUCUCUUCUCCAUGUUUCUCUUCCAUCUUUUUUUUUUUUUGGGUCAAGUAUGCUUCUCUUCAUCUUUAGCUUCUGAAAACGGGUUCUGAACUUGAUUUCUGAUGCAUUAAUGGAAGUCUGUAAAAAUUGGCCUCCAUUUCAUUACACUUCUUGGGCUGAGUUUGUAGGUCAAACUUCAAAGGCACCCGAACCAUUGAUUCCUCAGGCCCAGUUUCUUCCAAGGAAAUCAUAUAAACCGAUUUUUGGGGCAACGACUUGAUGUGUGAAUUGCAUGAAUCAAUCGGUCGGCCUGCCCUGGUACAAUGAAACUACAUCAGCAGCUUUGCUGUUUGUCUCUGUAUAAUAAUGCAUGUAAUCUAGUUUUGAGCUUUAACUCGAGGGAGUUGAGUGAAGUUGGGGACAUUAAUUUGAA